AUGGAACACAACAGCAGAAUGCGACACGCGAGAAUGAAUAUAGGAACAAUUGUGGUAUGUUUAAAUUUACAAAUUGACUCUUUAUCACAGAGAGAGAUCACUUUCUAACUGUUGGCGGUAUUUUCUGUUAGGGUAAAGGAUACCCAUACUUGAUCUAGGCUAUCCCUUUUUUGAUCUCUAAGAUUCAAAUUUAGCUGGAAAAGAAUUUAAACAGAAAGAAAACGUUGUAUUAUUGAUUUUUCUCAGACCAGGUUCAACAAAUUUGUGAAGAUAACACAAAUGUACUUUGUGCAGAUACAUAGAGAAUAAUACAUGGGUGCGUGUUAAUAUGGAAUUUCUCUUCGAGUGUUAAACUGAACAUCUCUCUCGUGAGCUAUCAAGUUAAACACUUGAUGAGAAAUUCCAUAUCUAGAAGCAACCAUGUAUUAUUUUGUUUAUCAUGUCAACACAAUAGCCCUUUACUGACAAGAAAAGCAGACUUCAUUAAUGAAUGAAAACAAAUGAUCGACAAUCCCCGAGUAACAAUCGUAGAGUGCGUUAGCGCUAACUCUUAAGAUGGAAAAAUGCGUUGAAGUAUGAUUACAAAAACAACAAUUUUCAAUUUACACAAUUCUCAUUUAUUGACUUUGUCCUUACCUACAGAAGAAGUCUUUCAGGUAAGUGGCCGAAAUCGGCCAUUGGCAAAUCUUCCAGUUGGCGAUUUUCAUUCUCAGUCGUGAGAAAUGCCAACACCAAAGCCACUGAGUACGUAACUUUCGGGUUUUUCUUUUUGUAUAUUGGUUUUUUCCCCUUCUAGGAAAGUUUGAACCUCACUGUCUUUCAGCGAUACGGAUUUUUAUAGUAUUUAGUCGCCAUGAUCCGAGAAAGUUCCAACAAACUAUCUUGUAUUAAUCGUGAAGACUUUGCCAAAGACGAGUGACGUGUGUUGUUAAGGCUUUUCUCAGAGCUGGAGAGCCCUGUAUAACACCGCUCUUUAUGUGAUAAAUACAUUUUUUGAUAGUAGCUACCCAUACCCAGCCGAUAGGAAGACUGGAGAUUGGGCAGAGGAAGUCUGGCUUUCUUGAUAGAUAAUCAUCACGUCACUAUUAACGAGAUAUCUUUCAAACUCGUCUGUGAUAUCAUUGGUAUUUGGUUAGUUUAGUCGACCUGCCCCAUCGCCAUUCCUCUGAAAAUUGUGGCUCACUAACUUUGUAGAGUCUGUAGCCUCUGAUGCUCAAUUCAUUGAGAUUUUUUCAUUUUGAAUUGUCAAAGAAUCGACAAAGAACCAUUGCCACCUGAUUACUAGACUUGCGUGGCCUAAACCAGUAAUUGAUAAUGUGUUGUGUACAAUGAAACCAUUUUGCUUUUGAUUACGUUGCCUUUAAAACUUUCAGGCUGGAGCUAGACUAAAGGAUUUUAAAAAGGAAUUUUACAAAGUUUCUUCUUACGUCGAUGGUUGUCAUCUUCCUGGGAACUGUAAACUUAAGCUUGAGGAGGUGCAAGUAGAGGAUCGCAUACCGCUACCAGGGCUUCAAACGCAAUAUCGACUCGAACCAGCUGAACACUGUGAAAGAGAGGUAUUCUUCUUGGCUUCAUUUUGCUAUGGUAAUGUACACGAGUUGACACAUUCUUCUUCUUGCGUGAUAUGGGGAUAAAAAUAGUUUUGAAGCAUUGUGUUGCGUCGUUUCAUGCUUUUAAAAAAAGUCGUAAAGACAGCGCUGUCAAAAACAUACAGGCUUGCGACAAAUCCUACAGAUCUAGCUAGGUUUCAAGUUGCCUUUCCAUAUUGAUGGGCCUUGUUUGUAAUAUUGCAUUAUUAAACAAGAACUGAACACAUUUGACAACUGAUACAUUUUUACAAUUUUAAGCUUGGUCAGACUAUAUGAGCUCGUACACCCCGUGAUCAAGCAGUUUUGACGACCGAAAAAUUAGGUUGUCUGUGGUUUGAAUACUUACGGGUGACUUAGAUGUUCUAUUAUUCUGUCGCUUUUGACAAAAACUGAACAUCUAUCUAUAUAUUUGUCAUGUUUCGUUAUAAGCCAACUGCUUUUAGUUGUCGUAACAUUUUUAAAUCGAGAAUUAGAAUUCUUAUGGCAAUCGUUAUACAAUAUUUAUAUGAGUAUCUGGGCAGAAUUUGUACCAUGACCGGAAUGACCCCGUGUACCAAUCCAAUCUUGAAGACGAAGUUUUGAUGUCCUUACGCAAGAUUAAAGAGAACAGGGAGACAGAUGAGAGUCCGAAGGCCGAUAUGUGGUGUCAUUUGGGGACCUCCAUCAUUACAGUACCUGAUGAAGGCAAUGUUCAUUCUAAUUUGAAUAUUUUGCAUCGAUGAAUAAUAAUUGAAUUAAGUGUCCUACCCGUUGAAAAGUUCUAUGCUCUCUUCAACUUCUUUUUCUUGUGGAUCUUACUUCGCUGUUUCUCCUUUGUUGUCCCCAAGGUGUUUCAUCGCUUCUUUUUCCUUCUUGUAUUUAGCCUCCCAUAAAAAAUUGUUCUAAGUCAUAAUUCAUCUUGCUGGCUAACCUGAUGUACUUCUCGGUGAGGUAGAAUCUAAGUAAUUUUUCAGCAUAAUUAUAAUCUGUAUGUCCGUCCUCUUGUUUCUCUUUUUUCAGAGGAUGUUGUCCAAAAAACGUGGGAUAUCGAAGAGAUUACGGACAAUUUUCAAAGGCCUAACGCUGGAGAAAAAAAAAGUUUCUUUUAGAGAAAGAGAUGAUAUUCAUGAGGACAUCUUAAAAAGAACUGGCCUCAAAGAGAUCACUGAAGAUAAUGAAUACAUCUCUAGAUAUGACCUAACGUAUUUGACGCCUUGUUUUUAUCAACUUAGAUGUAAGGUGAGUGCGAACAAUUUCUUCCUCUUUACGUUUUAUAACCGACGAGUGUGUUACGCUCGUCUAUUUCUUUUUCACUUUGAAUGUUGUAUGUUUUUAAUUCCUUUUAUUUCCCCUCCGUGCCACAUGAAUAUGAACAAAAAAAAAUUCACCUUUGUUGAAGUUUCGCUCCGUUUAGUCGACGUACAUUAACUCUCCCAAAGUGCGUCGUUCGCCGAAAAGUGAACUUACAAUGUUAGGAAUUCCAUCUAGGCAGUGGCUCAUGCUUAACGUGCUGUGUUUUUCUUCCUUAUCAAACAGGUGUGGGUGGCAAAGAGUAGCGUAAAGAAAAAGCUUGAAGAUAUACCAAUCCCUUUUAGUGACGUAAAGAAUGUAUUGGAGGAGAUUCAAUUUGAAGAUGAAACGACGCAAUCACGCUGUCGUGGAUGGCUGGUACUUAAAUCUCGAAAAUAUCUACAGACCGACAUUCUUUUUCCUGGUUGCGAGUUAGACUGCAGGUUCACCAUACGUGAGCGAAGAGGCAAGUCUAGCAAUUUUUGUUUGGUCUUUGUCGUUAUAAAAGACACUUCUCCUCGUUUUAGUUUUCAUUCUUCACGUACUGUCUCCCUCCUUCUCUCCUCUCCCUUCUCACCCAUCCACGACUAAAUUUUCAGUAAAACUUUCGAGUUUAACUAAAUGUGUUUGGCGGUCACGAGUCAUGUUCCAUCAUUUCUGUUGCUUAGUUUCUGUUAAAGAGGAAAGAGCAAUAACGAAUCUUUUUAGUUUCCGUUCAUAUCUGUCUUUUGCAAAUGCUACUUUUAGUUGGACAGGAAAGUCUUCCCCUACCCUGGCUGAAAGAUCCCUUUACCCUAUGGAUACCCAAGUCCAAGAAAGAGCUUUGCUUAACUAUAAACUACUUGCAGCACAGUCCAUGGGAUUUAAAAAUGCAUUGGUUCAAUACAAAUAUUUCAGUAAAAUGGGUUAAUUUUAUUGCUUCCUGUUAACACUUUUAUACAAAAAUUUGUCUUGCUACAGAUCGAACUGCUAUCUGAGGAGACGUACCCGAAAUCGAAGUGAGACGUGCUUUGUCUACAUACCUUUCUCGACUCACUUUGACAGAUAAGGAUACCUUCGGAUUACUUCUUCCAGAUCACGAUUUGCCUGAAGGAUUCCACUUACUCCAUAAGCGAUGUUGCAAGCGAAAAAUGUACAGCACGCGGAAGGAUUCUUUGCCAUACUUUCUCAGGAGAAUUCAUGGUCCAUUGACUUCUUAG